AUUCUCCUCAAUACUCGUGGCAGUUGAGACACAGAAAUUGAGCUAUAGCUACUUAGUUUCUUCUUUUCUCACCUUCCAAUCUUCUCUCCCUACAGACAAGGGACGAAAAACCAAAGACCCAGAUUCACGGCCAUGUCUCACAGUCCUCUGACUUUUCUCUUUGGGGUACUAGGUAAUGUUACGUCCUUCGUUUGUUUCUUGGCACCACUACCGACAUUUUAUAGAGUUUGUAAGAAGAAAUCAACAGAAGGGUUCCAAUCAAUUCCAUAUGUGGCUGCACUCUUCAGUGCAAUGCUUUGGAUCUUCUAUGCCUAUGUCAAGACUGGAGAAACGCUUCUUAUCACCAUCAAUUCAUUCGGUUGUGUGAUAGAGACAAUUUACCUUGCCAUAUUUAUCACUUACUGUCCCAAGAAAGUUAGGAUGUCGACAUUGAGGAUGAUUGUUUUGUUCAAUUUUGGAGGAUUUUGCACGAUUGUCCUCCUAACCCACUUACUAGCAAAAGGGGCUGGCCGUGUCAAGCUUCUAGGAUGGAUUUGUGUGGUCUUCGCUACUAGUGUUUUUGCAGCACCUUUAAGCAUUAUUAGGGUGGUUAUUCGGACCAAAAGCGUAGAGUUCCUUCCCUUCCCUCUUUCAAUGCUCCUUCUGCUAAGCGCAAUCAUGUGGCUGUUAUAUGGUAUUUCGUUGAAGGAUAUCUAUGUGACGUUGCCGAACGUUGUGGGGUUAACAUUUGGAGUCCUUCAGAUCGUGCUCUACGCAAUGUACAGAAACAACAAGACCGUAAAGGACGAGAAGCUACCAGAACACAAAGGAGAUAUCGACAACAAUGAAAACGCUGCUCCAACUGUGUCAGGUGAGACCCAAGAACAAGUGAACACUGACGCUGGAGAUAUAGAGAUUGGAGAGAAGAAGGAAGAAAAGAAGGAAGAGAAGAAGGAAGACACAGUAGCUGAGGAGAAGCGUGACAAAACAUGUCUCAGCAACAACAAUAAUAACAACGAAAACAACAAGAAAACAGAGGAGAAGGAGAGUGGCGAAGUUUGAUGGAAGAUCAGUGUUGUUGCCUUAAUCUCAUCUCUCUGUUUUACGUGUAAACUUAGAAAAUGGUAAAAAAAGGGGCGGAGACGGUGUAGAUAUCGACGCCUAUUUCUUUCUCCCUACAGUUAUAUUUAACUUAUUUGGUUCACUAUUUAUGUAAUUUCUGUUGUCUUUACUCAAGCGAAUUAAUUGUGCCCCCAAAUAUAGGGAACUUCAUAGAGUUCAUGUUAC